AUGGAUCAUCAUCCCAAACCAUACAAAUUGUCUUGGAUGAAUAAAGGCGACGAGGUAACCAUAGAAAAACGGCUCUUGGUUGAGGUUGGGCGUGAAAAAAUAGUUUAUGCUUUAAUGCAUCGUGAAAAUAGUGCAACAAAUGUGGAUUCGAAAUUAGCAGCAGAAGUGCAGCAACUACUGAUGGAGUUUUCUGACUUGAUGCCAGAGGAUCUUCCUCCAGGAUUACCACCUAUGAGGGACAUUCAACAUCAGAUCGAUCUUAUUCUGGGGUCGAGUCUACCAAACCGACCAGUGUAUCGCCGCAGUCCCAAGGAAGCUGAAGAGUUGCAGCGGCAGGUGGUAGAUUCAACCUGCCAAGGAAGCUAUGCUCGUUAUAAUGGUUGGUGGACUUGGUCGUCGAGGGCAGGUUCCGAUUGGGAAGUCCCGCACCGUGAUCGUAAUAUUCAGGAUGUAACGAUUGAAGAUUUGCAUAGACAAGUUGCGGAGUUAACCCAACGUUUGGCAGAGCAGGAGUUCAGUAAUCAUGAUGUGGAGGGUCAUGAUUUCGAUACCAGUUUCGAAAACCCGUAUCACCAUCGUGCUCGAGUUUGGGAGCAUCGCGAACAGAAUGAUCGUCAUGUGGAUCUCGGUUUCAGAGUGGAUCUGCCCCAAUUUUCUGGUACGUAG